AUGGAAGGGGAGUCAGGCAGAAAUAUCCUUGGACUAGACACUGCGAUGGGAACAACGGAACCCAUCAUUCAAUUGACGAAACUGGAGCUACAACAACUGAUGGAAGAAGCAGGAAGAAAGGCUAUCGUGGCAUACGAACGUAGGACAACCACGCCAGUCGAAAGAGAAGGUCCGCGGAGGAAGCUAUUCGAAGAAAGAGAACCGGAAAAAACAUCUGGAACAGGUGGAAAGGGCCAGAACAAGCGCCUACCUUCGGAGGUGGGUUCGAGUAGCCGAGACAAGAGCCAGACUAGGGGGCCUGCGAUCUCGCGUGCUGAGGUCGACAGCGUUUCGAGACAGAUCGUCAAGUUGGGAAAGCAAAUUGACGAACUAAAGAAGAGGGGAGAGAUCGUGUCACAACAUAGGAACUCACCAUUUUGCAAUCAGAUUCUAACGGAAAUCGUACCCCCGCACUUUAGAAUGCCCGAUCUCCCCAAAUAUGACGGGACAAAAGAUCCCCUGGAACACUUGGCGGCAUUUGAUAUGGUAAUGAACCUUUACGGACAAUCGAGUCCAAUUAAUGCUAAGUUGUUUGUUACCACUCUGACAGGAAAAGCCCAAGAAUGGUUCAUCACUCUACCACCCGGAAGCAUCGAGUCACACGAGCAACUCACGCAAAAAUUUCAAUUUCAUUUCGCCAGCAAACGAAAACAGAAAAGGUCUGCGACGCACCUAUUUACCAUAAGACAACAGGAUAAUGAAGCAUUAAAAACUUUCAUGGGGCGUUUCAACAACGAGACGCUAGAAGUGCCGGACCUAAGAAUCGACAUGGUAGUAAGCAUCCUGAUCCAUGGAUUAAAAAAAGGCGCAUUUGCAUCUGCAUUAGCGCGCGACCCCCCGUCGGAUGUCGAGCAACUUAUGAGCAUGGCGCAGAAAUACAUAGACGAAGAGGAAAUGAAUGCCUUGAAAGACGGCGAGUGGAGAUUCGAGGAAGGAAGAGAUCGAAGGCAUUACGAAAAGGAAGAGCGACAACCAAGGCAUGAAUGGAACAGAGAACCGUUCCAACGCAAAUAUCACAAAUAUACGCCUCUUAACACUACGAGGGCGAAGGCAUUGCUCAUGGUUGAGAGAAAAGACGUACUCAGAUGGCCAAAACCCACAAGAGUGACCCCAUCCAAAAAACAUUCAAGCAAGUAUUGCAGAUUCCAUAGAGAACGGGGUCAUGAUACUGAAGAGUGUUACCAACUCAAAGACGAGAUCGAACGUCUCAUUCGCCAGGGAUACUUCAAAGAUCUAAUAGCAAGAAAUUAUCAGAACGGAGAUCGUAAAAGCAGAUCGCGGAGUCAAGGGAGGCGAGCAGAAAAUGGUAUAACUGCAGGGCACAAUGCUCGUGAAAAUGCUCCUAUCAAAGGUGUAAUUCACACGAUAGUUGGAGGACCCGAUGAAGGGUACUCAAAAAGAGCUUGGAAAAAGAUCGAACGGAGAAUGGGGACAAUCGUCAAUAGACAAAUCAUGAACAUAUCACCAGAGCUUGAUAUCACCUUCGGUGCCCAGGACUUGAAAGAAAAGAUCGGAGAUGACAAUGACCCACUGGUAAUCAAAAUGGAUAUAGCCAACUUCACAGUCCAUAAAGUCCUGGUGGACAAUGGGAGCUCGACAGAUAUUAUCCUUCGAGAAGUAUUGAUCAAAAUGGGAUUAGGUGACGCAGAACUCGGCCCUGUGAGGUCACCGCUGGUCGGCUUUGGAGGAAGCGGUGAGUUCGCUGGGUACAAUCGAACUGCCGGUCUCCAUUGGAGCUGA